AUGGAGUGGGAGCUCAACCUGCUGCUCUACCUGGCGCUCUUCUUCUUCCUGCUGUUCCUGCUCUUCCUGCUGCUCUUCGUGGUCAUCAAGCAGCUCAAGAACUCGGUGGCCAGCACGGCGGGGGCGCUGCAGCCGGGGCGCCCCUCGCUGCACCGGGAGCCGUGGGGCUUCGCCCGCGAGCAGGCGGUGUGA